AUGGAAUUGAUAAAAUUUGAGGAAACAUUUGUUGGUUCAACAAUUUUAUUAAUUAUCAUUUUUGGUAUUCUUCUAACAAUACUAUUAUGGUUACGACGUUUAUCAUACGUUUUACCAUCUAAUGAAUUUUCACAAAAUAAUGUAAAUAUUUUGGAAAGACAUCAACGGGAAUAUUAUUAUUCAAAAGGAAAGGAAACACCACAAGAAGUACCAGUAUCAGUACCAGUACCAGUACCAGUACCAGCAUCAGUACCAGUACCAGUACCAGUACCAGCAUCAGUACCAGUUGCAGGAUUAUCAUCUGCUACUGUCAAAUUUACGUCAAACUUGGUAUAG